AUGUGUGUCCUCACUGAGGCAGAAGGCGAUGGCCUCCUUCCCAUGUGCUCUGGACUCGUGGAGCGCUACCGGAGAGCUGGAGAAGUUCCACCCCAACUUCUCUAUGUGGACCGGGACUGUUGCUCUGCCACUGGUAAAGGAAAGGCGGCCGCAAUGUUUACCGAGUGGGACCAGCUCAUUGUCAGGCUGGAUAUAUGGCACUUCAUGCGGCGGUUUGCUGUUGGAGUGACCACAGACAGCCACCCGCUUUAUGCAUCCUUCAUGAAGCGCCUCACUGCUUGCAUCUUCGAAUGGGAUGCUUCAGAUGUUGAGAAGCUAAUGGAGGCCAAGCGGUCGACAGGCUGCCAGCCCACUGCCAAAGAACUGGCAAAGCAUUGCCGCCGCCGCACUCGAGGGGCCCAGGAGACCAUGCAGCUCAUCGAGAAGCUGCUACAAGACUUCAUGGGGGCCACUGACACCAUGGGGAUUAGACUUCUGGACCAGGAGAGGAUGCAAGAGAUCUGGCAGACCCAGCAGCGCCACGUUCAGUGCAUCCAGGACCCGCCAGGUGUGCAGCUGUACAGGAAAACAGGGCAGGUGACCAAGGAGGGGGUCAUUCUGCCAGUGUAUCGCUGUGCACGUGGCUCCACAUCUCUGGAGUCAUUCCACCUGCACCUAAAUCGCUUCGUCCCAGGUACAAGUGCAAAUGCUUUGCAUUUUCAAAUGUGCCUGGUGCAGUGGAAUGAGGCAUGUGGGGUCGCUGCAGUAGAAGGUACCCGCAGAGAGGACAUCUGCUACGGCGGCCAGCUGCUACAGUACUGCAAUGUACUGAGCCAGCAGCUCCUGGGACAAACUGGUGCAGGAUUACACCAGCCCUGGUGAAUACACAGGAGAGCUCAUUGGUGUGGAAUAUUUGUAUUCUCAGACCAAUAGAGCUUUAGAGGAAGACAUAGCUAAAGAUCCUGACGUUCCCGAUGG